UGUGCAUCCCCCUCCCCAGACCUACACUCGCCCACUUUCGCAACUGCCGAUCGACCGAUCUCGCUCAUGCACUUCUGCACUGCUGCAAGGUUUCUUGGCGGCUUGGUGGACAAUAUGACGAACUGUGCGACACGAGACGAGAGCACCAUCCUGGUCGUUGGCUGGCCUUCCGUUGAUUGUGCCACAUCGAGAGUCAUCGCAGCCCGUCCCGUUUGCACCAGCUUUGACGUGAUCUCAUCUACACUAGUUCUCUGCGCCAGACGACCAUCCACCAAUGCGACAGGGGAGAUGGGCAACCUUUGCUUCUGCCCGCCUACCAACUGCCUGCUUGCGAUUGGUCAUUCUGCCUUGCUUUGGCCUUGCCAAAGCCACCCUUCCCUCAACUCUUACGUACGGGCGAGCACAGAGGACAUGGAUAGUGCAAGAGUGGCUGCUAGGAUGCAAGAUAGCUGCCGCCUGGUAGGACCCUCCCUCUCUCGUCACUCUCACGAUCCAUUGGCUAGCCGACAUACAUGUGCCCUAGCGAGUUCGGUAAGGUGAGGCAGGUUGGACAAUGGUGGCCAAGAUAUCUUUUGUUCUCCCUCGAGCCGUCGUACCCGUCCCGGCAGAGAGCGAAUGCUGAGUUAACUGGUCCACGUCCUCGCUUGUCCUAGGAGGGGAAGCCUGCUGCCGCUAUACCCACCAAGCUGCGGCGUUCGGGUGCUUUCUCCAGGAAGGCGGACGUAGAAAGUCUCCCGAGACCCUACAGACGUCAGACCUACCCAAGACUGGCUACACUUGCUAUAAGAAUCCUCUUUGGCAU